GUCUUCGAGGCCGUGGUGUGGUACGAGACCGGCUUCCUGGCCACGCAGCUCGUGGACCCGGUGACCCUGAGCUUCAAGAAGCUCAAGACGAUCCUGGAGGGCCGCGGGCUGGGCUACUCGGGGCUGCCCGACAAGAAGGACGUGCGGGAGCUGGUGGAGAAGUCAGGAGACCUCAUGGAAGGGGAGCUUUAUUCUGCUCUUAAGGAAGAAGAGGCCUCUGAAUCCGUUUCAAGUACGAACUUCAGUGGUGAAAUGCACUUCUAUGAGCUUGUGGAAGACACAAAAGAUGGUAUCUGGCUGGUACAGGUCAUAGCAAAUGACAGAAGCCCUCUGGUGGGUAAAGUCCAUUGGGAAAAAAUGGUGAAGAAAGUGUCAAGGUUUGGCAUACGUACGGGCACUUUUAACUGCUCCAGUGAUCCCAGAUACUGCAAGAGAAGAGGCUGGGUGAGAUCCACAUUAAUUAUGUCAGUCCCACAAACCAGCACCUCCAAGGGAAAAGUGAUGCUGAAAGAAUACAGUGGGCGCAGAAUUGAAGUGGAGCACAUUUUCAAAUGGAUCACAGCACAUGCAGCUUCUCGCAUUAAAACCAUCUACAACUCGGAACAUUUAAAGGAAGAGUGGAACAAAAGUGACCAGUAUCGAGUGAAAAUAUACUUGUUUGCUAACCUUGACCAGCCUCCAGCAUUCUUCUCUGCACUAAGUGUAAAGUUUACUGGAAGAGUUGAGUUUAUUUUUGUGAAUGUAGAAAACUGGGACAACAAAAGUUAUAUGACAGAAAUUGGGAUCUACAAGACCCCAUCUUAUGUGCUUAGAACUCCGGAGGGAAUUUACAGAUAUGGGAAUAACACUGGUGAAUUUAUAUCUCUGCGUGCCAUGGAUACAUUCUUGCGCUCACUGCAGCCUGAAGUUAAUGAUUUAUUUGUGUUGAGCUUAGUUUUGGUUAAUCUGAUGGCUUGGAUGGACUUGUUUAUCACACAGGGUGCUACCAUAAAGCGCUUUGUGGUUCUUAUAAGCACUUUAGGGACGUAUAAUUCUUUAUUAAUUAUUUCCUGGCUCCCUGUGUUGGGUUUUUUGCAGCUACCUUACCUAGAUAGCUUUUAUGAGUAUAGUUUAAAACUGUUCAGGUAUUCUAAUACAACUACUCUGGCUUCGUGGGUAAGAGCUGACUGGAUGUUCUACUCAUCACACCCAGCCCUAUUCCUCAGCACUUACCUUGGUCAUGGUUUACUAAUAGAUUACUUUGAGAAAAAAAGAAGACGCAAUAACAACAACGACGAAGUCAAUGCCAACAAUUUGGAAUGGCUGUCAAGCCUGUGGGACUGGUAUACCAGUUACUUGUUCCACCCCAUUGCUUCUUUUCAACAAUUCCCCUUUGAAUCAGAUUGGGAUGAAGACCCAGAUUUGUUCUUAGAGCGCUUAGCUUUCCCUGAUCUCUGGCUUCACCCCCUAAUACCCACAGAUUAUAUAAAAAACUUACCCAUGUGGAGGUUUAAAUGCCUUGGCAUCCAUUCUGAAGAGGAGAUGUUGGAAGCGUCUCCAGAAAGUGAAAGUGACUCUGAGAGUGAAAGCAAAGAGGUCUUCAGUAGUGAAAAGGAAGCCUCUGAGGACGACGAGCUAAGCACAGUUCACAAUCCCAGUGAAGGAAAGCCUCGGUGCAAUGCUGACACCUGCUCAUGUGCCAAGAAAUAUUGUCCUAACGAGCCAUAUGAAAGGAAAGCUCGGUCAUAUGGGUCAUGUAGCUCUACAGAAAACAUGGAGCCAGAUUGGUCAGCUUGGCCCUCCAACAUGUUGCACUGUACAGAAUGCGUUGUAUGUCUAGAGAAUUUUGAAAAUGGAUGUCUCCUCAUGGGUUUACCGUGUGGCCAUGUGUUUCAUCAGAAUUGCAUUGUGAUGUGGCUAGCUGGGGGGCGACACUGCUGCCCAGUUUGUAGGUGGGCUUCUUAUAAGAAAAAGCAGCCGUACACACAUCAGCAGCCUUUGUCAAAUGAGAUCCCAUCUUAGCUGUGUGCUAAUGUCCUUUGUAAGCUUUCAGUAUAUUACUGCUUGCCUUUUAAAUGUUAGUCACUUAAAGAUUUUGUGGUUUGGAGUUUUAGUUUAAAUGUUAGUGCAGUGAACGAAAAUAUACAUGAUGCUAAUGUUAAUGACAGAAUCAUUUGGUUGCCUUGUAUGUUGAAACUGGAUGCAUACUUAUUGUACAAUAAUUUUUUUCUUUACAACGUUUGGAAACUUACUGCUGAUUUUUGUAAGCACAAAAAUCAAGCCUAAAACAAAAGCAUAUUCCAGCAAAAGUUUACAAGUUAGAAUGUUGGGUGAACAUUGGAAUUCUAACCCGCGGUAAUUGCUUAAUUUUUAAGUGUUUCUUAUUUUAGAGUCUGUUCAGCACACCUCUGUUGAAUAAUGUAUGUUCUAUGACAGUACCAUUUAAAAACAAAUCCUUGAAAUAAAUUAUUUUAAAAGGAGAAGGCUGCAGGUUUGUAAUGUUAAUUGUUUUGAUAAAUAUCCUCUGUGUAUGGUUGCAGAUGUCUUGCCAGUUUGAUUUAUCUGUGAAGACAAAUAAAAACGUAAUACAA